UUUUUCACUCUCAUUACACAACAUUACAUGAUUUCAUAGGGCUUUUUAUUCCAUCAUCUCUUCUCCCUCUUCAACUUUAGAGGAGUAUUACUUUUUUUUUUCUUUCUAUCUUGAAUAAAUAAGUUUGCAAUCUAUUCUUUCAAUUCAAUUUUUUUUCAAUCUACAAAUCAAACCAAUACCUAAACUCCCCUUCACUGCUAUAACAGUUGCUGUAUAGGAUGUCUGAAACCUCCAAAGUCAUUCAUGUCCGCAAUGUGGGCCAUGAAAUCACAGAGAAUGAUUUACUUCAACUGGUCCAGCCAUUUGGGUCAGUCACCAAGCUUGUGAUGUUACGUACCAAGAACCAGGCACUUUUGCAGCUGCAAGAUGUGGCGGCAGCAAUUGACUUGGUGGAUUACUAUACAACUAAUCAGGCCAAUGUGCGGGGCCGGAAUGUUUACAUGCAGUUCUCUUCCCAUCAAGAAUUGACAACAGAUCAAACUCAAGGGCGUAAAAGUGAUUCGGAUGGGCAGCCCAAUCGUAUUCUUUUGGUCAGCAUACAUCAUGUCAUUUAUCCUAUGACAGUUGAGGUUCUCAAUCAAGUUUUCUCUCCACAUGGGUUUGUGGAAAAAAUUGUUACAUUUCAGAAGUCAGCUGGUUUUCAAGCUCUCAUCCAGUACCAAUCACGCCAAAGUGCUACUUCUGCAAUGAGUGCCCUUCAUGGACGGAAUAUAUAUGAUGGCUGUUGUCAGCUAGAUGUACAAUACUCAAACCUUACUGAGUUACAAGUGAACUUCAAUAAUGAUCGAUCAAGAGAUUUUACAAACCCAAAUCUUCCUUCUGAUCAGAAAGGAGGCAGAGGUUCACAAUCUGGUUAUGGGGAUGCAGCAGGAAUGUAUCCAUUCCCAGCUACUGGAAGUGGUGCAGUUCCAUAUGGACAGAUGGGGCAUGCUGUGGCCAUGGCAGCCUUUCCUGGUGGUCUUCCUCCUGGUAUUAGUGGGACCAAUGACAGAUGUACUGUCAUUGUAUCUAAUCUAAACCCUGAUAAUAUAGAUGAAGACAAGUUGUUUAAUUUGUUUUCGCUGUAUGGCAACAUCGUAAGGAUCAAGCUUCUACGAGGCAAACCAGAUCAUGCCCUUGUUGAAAUGUCCGAUGGUUUUCAGGCUGAAUUGGCUGUUCACUUCUUAAAGGGAGCAAUGCUGUUUGGGAAACAGAUAGAGGUGAACUUUUCCAAGUACUCUAACAUAACACCAUCUCCAGAUACCCGAGAUUACCAUAAUUCAAACUUGAAUCGCUUCAACCAUAACGCAGCAAAGCACUAUAAGUAUUGUUGUUCUCCCACAAAAAUGAUUCAUCUAUCCAGUGUCCCCGAAGAUGUGACUAAGGAGGAGAUUAUAGAGCUCUUGGAGGAACACGGAGAGGUGGUGAGCACCAAGCUUUUCGAAGCAAACGGGAAAAAGCAAGCCUUAGUUUUAUUCGAGAACGAAGAACAGGCAACCGAGGCUCUUGUUUGCAAGCAUGCCACUUCAAUUGGCGGGCCAAUAAUCCGCAUCUCAUUCUCUCAAUCCCAGAGCACUUGAAAGAAUUCGACCUCUGGGAAGAAGGUUUUGUGUUAUUUAUGACCUUGUACGAGUUAAACUUUUUUGUUGAACUUUCUCAUUUUUUGUUUCGCCUGGUGAGAGCCUCACAUAAUACAUCAUGUUUUACGAUAGAGCUAAUUAUGGUUUGGUUUAUGAAUGCUAUUCAUAUUUUUUCGUGCUUUACGUUGGGUGACUUUCUUGUAACAUACAUAGAUGUGGCUAUGUAGGUGUUCAAAACAGCGCUUGUGUACUAAAUGGAUCCUUGGGAAGGAGAUAUUGAAUGUUUAUUUGGCCGAAUGUUCCUUUUUCAA